CCCUCUUGGUAACAGAAACCAGCUUUAGCUAGUUUAAACAGAAAAGAAUUCAGCCUGAGGACAAAAUCUCUUGAAGACACUAGAAACAGUGCAUACAAGGUCAUGAGACCAGAGACCACUCUCCAUCUUUUCUUUCUUUUCCUUUUUACUUCAUUUAUUUUUCAGACCUUUUCUCACAGUUUCUCAGGUCCUCCUGGCAGGAGAACACGUUUUGUGUUCAGAUUUAUGUCUUAUAGACCUAGCUGCCCAAUGAGAAGAUGAACCUUCACAGUCCCGGUUCCAUAUUCCUAAGGUUCAUCUUGGGCUGAAGACUUAUCCUUGGAUCAACCAUCUGUGACUAUACGGACAGGUUUCAAACCAGUAGAAUUGCUUCAGAAAGUCACUUUUACAAGCAGGCUGAGAAGUUUAAGAACAGACUAGGCAGACAGCCAAUUAAAUUAAUACUAAAUGGCUUGUAAUUCACCAAGUACUUUAAAAAAUAAUAAUAAUUUUGUUUGUUUAUUUAUUUUUGGCUAUGCUGGGUCUUUGUUGCUGCAUGGGCUUUUCUCUAGCUGCAGAGAGUGAGGGCUACUCUUCCUUGCAGUCCUCUGGCUGCUUACUGCAGUAGCUUCUUUCGUUGCGGAGCAUGGACUCUAGGGCACCCAGGCUUCAGGAGUUUUGGCAUGUGGGCUGAGUUGUGGCUCCCCAGCUGUAGAAUCCAGGCUCAAUAGUUGUAGCAUUUGGGUUUAGCUGCUUUGCUACACGUGGGAUCUUCCCAGAUCAGAGAUUGAACCCAUGUCUCCUGCAUUGGCCAAUAGACUCUUACUCCUGAGCCAGUUGGAAAGCCCUAACCAAGUACUUUUUAAUGAUGAUUGCGUUUCAUCAUCACACAAUGACAGAUGACACUAUACACAGUUUUUUAUAGCACUUAUUACUUUGUAAUCUUAUUUUUGUUCUUCUAGUUUCCUCAUUGAUCUGUGAAAUUUUGUUUUGUAUUUUUCAGUACCUGACAUUGGGGUGUUCAAUAAAUAUUUGUUGAGAAAAUGUAUGACUAAGUUUUGUUAAGUAGGACAGAGAUGAGACAACUGGGAUGCACUUAGAUUAAGUGACAGGAUGAAGAUUCCCCCAGCUGAGUAUGAAACCAGGUUCUAUAGCCUCAAUCCGUUUGCCACCCACCAGGCUGCUUCCUACAUUAAGUUGUCCUCUCCUUCUGUCUAUGAUGUCAACAACUGACAUGAAAGGAUUUGGUCUGAUGAUUAGAAUCAUGAAAAUAAUAGAAUUGAGAUAGACAUACAGUGAAUUUUGCAAGAAUUUCAUUUUACCCUCUUGGUGCACUGUUUAAUAAUAGUUUUCAUCUAAAUAUAAAGAGUCUGUACUUUUCUCCUAAAUGUUUACAUGGAGACUACUUAGUCUAUGCUUAGAAUAGCAAAAAUGGUGGUUAAAUUUUUCUAUUUUAGGUGUUUUAUACCUGAAAAUGAUAUUCGGCAUGGCAGUCACUUCUGGAGAGGUGACCACUUCUCUUAUAAUUUUGGUGAUGGUUUUGUUUUGUAAGAGCACUAGGAAACAAAGAGAGAAAGGAGGUGUUUCCUCCUGGCCCAUGGUGCCUCCCCAUCAUGGGAAAUCUUCUUCAGCUUGGAGACCAUCCUUACCUUACAUUCAUGGAAAUGAGGAAGAAAUAUGGAGAUGUCUUUCUCGUCAAACUUGGCAUGUUUAUUGCUCUACAUGUACAAGAUCAUCUUACAACAUAUGAUAAGGACCACAUCCAAGCUAUCACUGAUGCUCUGAUUAAUGCAUGCCACAACAAAUAUGCUGUCACCAAAACAACCACAUUAAAUGAUGAUGAAAUCAUAAGCACUGUGAGUGACCUCUUUGGAGCUGAUGGAAACUUUGGGAUGAAAUCACCCAGGUUUGAAGACAGGAAACUUUUAUCCUACACAGAAGCUUUUAUAAAUGAAAUAUUCACGCAUGCCUCCUUCCUUCCUUUUACUAUUCCUCAUUGUUCUACAGCAGACACUACUCUGAAUGGCCAUUUCAUUCCCAGGAAAACAUGCACCUUUAUUAAUAGGUAUCAAGUAAAUCAUGAUGAGUAAGUCACCAUUUGCUUUUGAACUGUGGUGUUAGAGAAGACUAUUGAGAGCCCCUUGGACUGCAAGGAGAUCCAACCAGUCCAUCCUAGAGGAGAUCAGUCCUGGGUAUUCAUUGGAAGGACUGAUGUUGAAGCUGAAGCUGCAAUACUUUGGCCACCUGAUGCGAAGAGCUGACUCAUUGGAAAAGACCCUGAUGCUGGGAGGGAUUGGGGGCAGGAGGAGAAGGGGACGACAGAGGAUGAGACGGCUGGAUGGCAUCACCGACUCAAUGGACAUGAGUUUGCGUAAACUGCAGGAGUUGGUGAUGGACGGGGGGCCUGGCGUGCUGCAGUUCAUGGUGCCACAAAGAGUUGGACACGACUGAGUGACUGAACUGAACUGAACUGAAGUCACCACUUAUUUCUUGAUAUAAAAUUUGCUUAGUUCUUUGUUUACUCUUUAUUAAUUCGGGAAAAGUUUACAUUCUUCUUAACCAAACUUCAUCCCCUCUGUUUCUCUUGAAAGGAGUUGGAGAGAAAUUUAGUUUUCUUUCCUCACAGGUAAUGGGAAGGAUGAAAUCUUAAUACAGAUUCAUUCAGAGUACAUCGAAUUUCAAAAGUGGGCUCACAGGGAGAGAUGUGAGCCAAGGGCUUCAUGGGCUCACCCUCUACAUGGGUAGGAGCAGCCCAUAUUUGAAAAGCAGCCUGAAAUUCCCCACUGGAGUAUAAGUCACUAAGCAGGGGGUUGGUUUUUUUCUCUUUCUGUCUCUCUCUUUGUUUGUUUGUUUUUUCCUCAACCCAAGCACCUAGGUCAGUGCCUGGCACAUAGUAGGCACUCUCUAACUAUUUGUGAAGAAAAUGCAGCUAGAGGCUUGCCCAUAUCAAUUGCAGAAGGGCAGGCUGAGCUGAAAGUACCUCAGGAGUGAAAAAUGAGACUGAUGGGUGGUGACGGCAGUGGUGGGAAUAAUGAAGAGUACAACUAAUGUUUACAGACCCUACUGUGUUCUGGGGGCUUCCCUGGUGGCUCAGUGGUAAAGAAUCCCCCUGCCAACCUGGGAGACAAGGGUUUUAUCCCUGGGUCAGGAAGAUCCCCUGGAGAAAGAAAUGGCAGCCAUCCCACUCCAGUGUUCUUGCCUGAGAACCUCAUGGGCAGAGGAGCCUGACGGGCUACAGUCCAUGGGGUUGCAGGGAGUCAGACAUGACUUAGCAGCUAAAACAACAACUGUGUGCUGGGUACAAAAAGCUCAGAUAAAUCCACUCUGACCUCAACAGUAAUCCUACAUAGUGGUGCUAUCAUAAUCCCAGUUUUCCUGAUGAAGAAACUUUCAGCCCAAUUGAGCAAAUUACUUAAGACCACAUUUUCAGCAGAAAAUGUAACAGAAGCAGGAUUCACAUCCAGUGCAAAUCCUAUUUAAUAUGCAAAUCUGGUUUGAUGGAAAUAAUAUGCCUCAUGUAGUGAGGGCUUGAUGUUUCCAGCAAACUGAUAAAGACUGCAUUCUUUUCUUUCUUUUCUCUUUUUUGGUUUCCUUUGGCUGCACCACAUGGCUUGCCAGAUCUUAGUUCCCCUACUGAGGGUCGAACCUAGGCCCCAGCAGCAAAAGUACCUAGUCCUAACCACUGGACCAACAGGGAAUUCUCAAGAUUGCUUUCUUAUACACUCAGCUAGCCAUAUGUACAGUACUCUGUAUAGCUUCUCCCUCUUUACCCAAGACCUCAUCUGAGUGAUGGCUUAGAUGCUAGGCUUGUAGGGAGGGAAGUUAUUAUGCUGUGCUGCUAACAGCACCUUCACAAUCUCUGUAUCCAGCAAAAUGGUGGAAUACACUGCAUAGUCUGUCCCACUGGAAAGCUUUUUGUCAGAGAGAUUGAUACAUCUCUUCUCCACCCAGUGACUAUGCUGGAUAAACCUAAACAUUUUUAAACCCACUAUAAGAAGAAAUACAGUCAGUGUAAACUGAAUGGCAUUUAUUUUCUGUUAGUACAACCCCAAGUAACUCAAGUGUUCUAGCAUCCUAAGAACUUGUGAUUAUACUGCCUAUUGAGUAAUGAGCAAAUAAGCUCAGUUAACACAGGUGCUAAUAAAGAAAUACUCUUUGUAAGAAGGCACUUGUUUAAGUUAAAUGAGUAUGUAAUUCAAGACUUGAUACUAUGGGGAAGUUAUUCAUGUUUAAUCUAAAAGGUCACAAGUUCAAGCACACACUGAGCAAUGGAAAAUAUGAAAAGUGACUUGUACGUUGAAGCAGUGGGGAGAGGUCAUCGGUUGUAUCUAUCCAACCCAGUAAACUAUUGGUGAGCAGGACAUUGUCGCAGUGUGAUCAGCUCUUUUAGUUAUAAACAAGAACUUGGAAAUGGAGAUUUUCUUGUGGAAUCUUCUGAUUUUUAAAUGUUAGCAACAAUGAAUUACUUUUAAAAUAUUAUGAGAGCAAAAUGAAGUUUGUUGGAGGACUGAAUAUCAUUUGUAAAUCUCCAGGUCUAUGACCUCUGGUGCAGAGAAAACAAAUUUUUCUCCUAGGAAGAGGGUGACAUCUAUAGACAAAGAGACCCAGUUCUUUAUGAAGUCAGGUGAGUCUCUGAUGUAUGGCUUAGGAUGUAGGUAACAUACUCUCAUUAGUUGUAGAUGAGCCUGAUGCAGUGCUCGUAACAAAAGGUGGAAGGGAAAGAGAGAACCAAAUGUGGGUAACACCCUCAAUCAGAGCUGCUUUCAAGAGAUCUGGCUCCUCUCUGUGAUGAUGUGUGAAGGUUAUUUCCAAAACACAGUGAAAGAGCACCAGGGUGAGAGGUGUGGCCUCAAUAGUUUAAUCCUUCCUGUUCCUUUUGCUUAAAGCCAAGGAGAUUAAAAUAUUAAUACCUUUUAUUUAACCACAACUUUGGAAUAUUCUAAUGAGACUUUUGUGGAAUUAUUCAUUUAAAAUAGCUUGCCAGGUUCCUCUGUCCAUGGAAUUUUCCAGGCAAGAAUAUUGGAGUGGGUUGCCAUUUUCCUUUCCAGGGGGAUCUUCCCGCCCCAGGGGUUGAAUCCACAUCUCCUGCAUUGGCAGGCAGAUUCUUUAAUGCUGCACCACGUGGGAAGCACCACACACAUGUACACACACACACACAGAUAUGUGUAUAUGUAACUUUAUAUACAUUGUUCUGAACUUGUACGAAAGACUAUCCAAAGCAAAAUUAUUAUGGAGAAGUU